AUGGCCGCGUCCACCCUGUCCGUCUGCUCCAGCGACCUGAGCUAUGACAGCCGCACCUGCCUGCCCGGUUCCUCUGACUCUUGUACUGUCUCCUCCUGGGAGGUGGACGACUGUCCAGAGAGCUGCUGCCAGCCCUCCUGCUGUGCCCCCAGCUGCUGCCAGCCCUCCUGCUGUGCCCCCAGCUGCAGCCAGCCCACCUGCUGUGCCCCCAGCUGCUGCCAGCCCACCUGCUGUGCCCCCAGCUGCUGCACCCCAGCCUCCUGCCUGACCCUCAUCUACACCCCAGUGAGCUGCAUGUCCAGCCCCUGCCAAUCAGCCUGCAUCAGCUCCUGCACACCCUCGUGCUGCCAGUUUAGCUGCCAGCCCUCCUGCUGCACCUCUGCCCCCUGCCAGCAGCCCUGCUGUAUGUCCAUGUGCUGCAAGCCCAUGUGCUGCACACCCGUCUGCUGCAAGCCCAUCUGCUGCAAGCCCAUGUGCUGUAUGCCUGCCUGCUCUGGGCCUGCCCCCUGCCCUGCCCCCUCCUGCUGCCAGCCCACCCCCUGCUUCUCAUCCUGCUGCAGACCCUCCUCCUGCUGCAGACCCUCCUCCUGCAUGUCUGUCAUCUGCCGCCCCGUGUGCAGGCCUGUGUGCAGGCCGGCCUGCUGCGUGCCCGUCUCCUCCUGCUGUGCCCGCCCCUCUUGCCAGUCCAGCUGCUGCCGCCCGGCCUCCUGUGUGUCCCUGGUCUGCCGCCCCGUGUGCUCCCGCCCAGCCUGCUGA